AAGAGUUUACCUUCGUCAACUUGCUCGACAUUCAGGGCUCUAAUUUGUUAAGUCCCGACAGUGAAAUGGCAAAAGUGAAUCCCCUGUCCAACCCCAAAGGAGUGAGACUGCUUUGUGAACUGUGUCAGAAACCUGCUUUGAUCCAGUGUACUAAAUGCACAGUCACCUUCUACUGUGACUUGGACCAUCAGCGCAUGGACUGGGUGGGCAUCCAUGAGCAGAUCUGCCAGCUGCUGCUCCCGGUGCGAACCCCUCUGCCCUUCAAGAGCCUGUGCAAGGAGAGGGAGCACCAGCAGGCACAGCUUCUGCAGAGACAGAAGCACCUGAUCGAGCUGACUCAGGCUGCAGCCCGGAAGAAGCUGUGUGAGGGGCGUCACGAGGAGGCGGUGCCAGCAGCCAUGCAGUGUCUGCGCUACUCCAUAGAGGUGCACGGCCUCAGCACCCUCCCGCUCGUACUGCCCUACCUGCUGCUCACGGAGGCCAGCAUCGGUACAGGUCACCUCCAGCAGGCAGAGGAGUACUUGUCUCAGGCUCAGUGGACUGUGCUAAAGAGUUCGGAGUGCAGCAGCUCCAUUCUGCACAAGCUGCAUCGCAACCUCGGCCUGCUGUACGCCGCCAAGGGGGAGUUCGAUAAUGCCCUGCAGCACCUGGCAAAUGAUAUUUACUAUGCUAGUGAAGAGUUUGGAACUGACAGCAUUGUCACGUCUGGGGGCUACUUUCACAUGGCCAAUGUCUUCUUCCGGCAGAGCAAAAUGGACGUUGCGGACUCCCUAUACACAAAGGUAACAGAUAUCUGGAGCACUCGCCUGAGCCGGCUGGUGCAGAGUCCCUCUCAGAGUCCCAGCCUGCCUUCAGCCAGCCCCGCCUCCCCUGAUGAAGCCCUGGAUGAGGCUCAGGAAGCUGAGGCUGUCCAGAUGUUGAACGCUAUCUUUGAUAUCCGAGAGCAGGCUCAGAAACAGGACCCUGCUGCCCUGGCCAGCGCCUCCUGCGCCCUCGCCAUGCUCUGCUAUCUGCGCAAGGAUCUGGAUAGGGCGUGGGAGCUGGGCAGGAAGACUCUGAGUGUCAGUCAGUGGGGGGCGGACCCAGGCUUCACUGAAAGCAUGGUGAGGUUCCUGCAGCAGAUCAGGACAGGUGAGAACCUAUCUGUGCCCCAAGGAGCCCCAGAGAGCCCCAGGGAGCCCCAGAGAGAGCCAAGGAGCCCCAGAGAGCCCCAGAGAGCCCCAGGGAGCCCCAGAGAGACCCAAGGAGCCCCAGGGAGCCCCAGAGAGUCCCAGGGUGCCCCAGGGAGCCCCAGAGAGACCCAGGGUGCCCCAGGGAGCCCCAGAGAGACCCAAGGAGACCCAGAAAGUCCCAGAGAGCCCCAGGGAGCCACAGAGAGACCCAAGGAGCCCCAGAGAGACCCAAGGAGCCCCAAUGAGAACCAGGGAGCCUCAAGGAUCCCCAGAGAGACGCACGGAGCCACAGGGAGCUCCAGAUAGACCCAAGGAGCCCCAGAAAGCCCCAGAGAGCCAGGGUCAGCUCCUCUCAGCUGAGUCAAGACAGUGCCAAGAUCUACAAUUAAAACAAUAUAAAUAUUUCUAGUGGAGUGUUUUUAAAAAUCUUUGUAAUACUGUAUAAUCAUAGAUUUGAGUUUAAUUAACAGCUUAGAAUGGCGAGGGAUAUUUAUUUUGAUUUGAUAGACACAAUUUUACAGUGUACACCAGAUGUUAAAAUAUCACAUCAUUGAAUAAUGUUUUUAAAAAUGCAGUUUGAUAUUCAUGAAACUGAUCUACACUAUUGUUAAAGACAUUAAGAACAGUCACCAGCAGCAUUUUAUUCAUUAAACGUUAAAAAACCCUCCUGAGUUUAAGCUUUGUAAAUUGGGCCCUCAAUCUUUAAUGCUAUCCACAGAAAGUCUCCCCAGAGUCAUCCUCCACCUAUCUGUGCAUUCCAUUUCUACAUUAGGGUUGUGCUGCAGCCCUGGCUGUGAAUGUUCUCCAUCUCACAGUGUGGACAGGCCAAAGUCUGUUGUGGCAGCACUCUUUGAUGUGAUAAAUCAGAAAUCCCAGUGGGAACAAGCUGAGAAACGCCUCCCGCUUCAUGUGUGGUGAGGCGAUGCUCUUCUCCCUGAGGGAUCUCAUGAUAUGAAUGAACACAGGGAGUGUCAGGCUCCAGCAGGCUUUAAUAGACUGGGAUGCUACCCACUGACUGCCUAGCAGCUGUAGGCACGCAGGGGAGAGUCACCUGCAGCUACAACAAGCACAGGGGCAGGCAAACGCCAUAUACAAAAACAAAUCAAUGCUUUAUCUACAAGGGGUAAUGGGUUCAAAAGAGAACAUGUGACUUCCUCAGUGACUGGGGGAAAAGACAAGGACUGUUAUUUGAAAUACUGAAGGCUAUAAAUGUUUUACCAAUGAUUCGAUUUCUAUUCUACAAUCUAUUACCAGUCAACCCAAAUUGUGUUCCCUCUAAAGUACCCGAUGUACUUUAAUUUUGAAUUUUGAAGUUUCACGAAAGCUACCUUUGCUGUUAGGAUAUGAGAGUUGUUGGAGACAGCAUGGAAAUGUCCUUGUUAAUGCUGUAAAAUCAUUGAAAUCAAGUAUUAAAAUCUAAAAAUAUAUACAGGAGAAAUCUCUACGAUGUUUAUUUUCUGGUAAAGUUUAUUUGCAUAUAUUUUGUAAUACUUUGUGGAGACGGUGAACUAAACCCUGGACCACUGAUGUCUGAUAUUCAGGCAUAGCUGGUCUUGAAUAACAAUACAUUAUCGUGUGAGACUCAGCAAGAUGAAAAUUGGUCUACAGUCAAAGGUCUGACAUUUUUUCAAAUUCACAUUCAUAGUAUGUUAACAAAAAUCGAUCAGCUAAGAAGUUGGACUGACACCCAUAAACCUGAUGUGUUCGCUACCUCUGAAACAUGCUUAUACACUAAAAUUGACAAGGCUCAAAUUGAAAUAGAUAAAUGUUAUGAGAUACCGCAUGGACCGAACAAGGAGGGGUGGGGG